GCCACGUUAGGAGAAAAUGCUUCACGUGUACACACACACACACAGUAGUAUCCGUUUACGUAAAGAUAUGGGCUAUUACGCAUUCCGAUCAUUUGUGGUAAUACGCAACGUAUCUCGCUUUUCUUACCAAUAUGGCGGAAAGGUAUAUUUUGGUGACCGGCGGAGCUGGUUUUAUCGGCAGCCACACGGUAGUUGAGUUGUUAGAGGAAGGUGAAAGCGUGGUCAUCAUCGAUAAUUUAUCUAAUGCUGCGGCCGACGAUAAGGGCUUGCCGCCAGCGUUAAAACGAGUUCAAGAUCUUGUGAAUGAGAAACACAGAAAAAGGCUUCACUUCAGGAAAGGCAAUUAUGGAGAUCGUAAAAUCCUGGAUUCAAUUUUUACAGAAUUUCCAAUCUAUGCUGUAGUUCAUUUUGGUGCAUUUAAAGCUGUGGGGGAAUCCAAACAAGUGCCAAUGAAGUAUUACAAAAAUAAUGUAAAAGAGGCUUUAUCCCUUCUAAAGGCAAUGAAUGCCCAUGGUGUAAAAAACCUGAUCUUCAGUAGUUCAUGCACUGUGUAUGCUGAAGUACCACCUGAGAAACUACCAUUGACUGAGGACAGCCCACUUGGGGAAUGCAACUGUGCUUAUGCAAGUUCGAAAUAUUUUAUUGAAAACAUCUUGCGUGAUGUGACGGUAUCUGAUGGCCAAUGGAAGGUGAUGUCUCUGAGGUAUUUUAACCCAGUUGGAGCACACCACUCUGGAAUGAUAGGAGAAGAUCCUAAAGGAAUUCCCACAAACUUAAUGCCAUACAUUGCACAGGUAGCAGUUGGACGCAGAGAGGAACUUAAUGUUUUUGGAUCUGACUAUCCAACCCCAGAUGGAACACCUGUUAGAGAUUAUGUUCAUGUUGUUGAUAUAGCUAAGGGUCAUGUUGCUGCUCUUAAGGCGUUACCGGCGAUGCAGCAGAGUUUUCGUGCGUAUAACUUAGGCUCAGGUGUUGGAACCUCAGUGUUGGAAAUGGUUCAAGCCUUUGAAAGAGCAUCAGGUGUUGUUAUCAAGACAGUAAUGAAAGAUAGAAGGCCAGGUGAUCAGGCCUUUACGUAUUGUCAGCCCAAGCGUGCAUUUGAGGAACUUGGUUGGAAAACAGAGAAAACUGUGGACGAUAUGUGCGCUGAUAUAUGGAGGUUCCAAAAGCAAAAUCCAAAUGGCUACAUUCCUUUAAAAGAAGCUAAAUAAGAGCAAGCUAAGUAUAUGUUGUAUACAGAGUAUUAUUUAACCAGAGAUUUAUAAUGUAAUCACUUUUUAUUAUUUUUAACAUACUAUUUUUCGUAUAAAUUGAAUAUAUAGUAGGGUGGGAAAGACGGGACACCUUUAGCACAUAAUAUCCUAAUAUUCUGAUCGUGAUUUAAAUAAUAAACACCGGUGUAUGGAAGUCGUAAGGAUACGGUUUUAUAAUUAUUUGAAUGUUCUUUGUUUACCCCAAAGUGGGAAGAAACAAUAUAUUGAGAAGUUGUCCCAUCUCCCCCCAACCUACUGUACUAUUUAUAUUUGUAUUGGUAUUUGGUACACGCUAUUAAACUAUUUUUAACAUACUAUUUUUCUUAUAAAGUGAAUAUACUAUUUAUAUUUGUAAUGGUACACACUAUUAUUGUUUUAACUUGAGAUUAUCUUACACCUAUUUCUUCAAUGGAUAUGAAUUAUUAUAUUUAGAUUGUUUGUUUUUAUCAUGUCUUACUCACUGUAUUGUUUUAUUUAGAAACUAACUUAUUCAUUUUAAGGUGCAAUAUCUAUGUUUUGUAACUGUGUUCUUGUAUUUAGAAAAUUAAAAUAUGUGCUAAAGUGAUCUGGUUGUCCUUGUGCAAUUCCUCUCAAAUCGAAUGCAUGUUUACACACAAC